CUGUCAGAACGUGCCCAUAAAUAGCGCAGUGCUGGAGGCAGGCCGAGUCUGCAGCCGCCCGGUCGGUCCGUCCUUCCCGAGGCCACAGCCCACAGCGGCAGCUAGAAGAGUUCCUGAGGAGAUGGCUGAGCAGCACGGAGCGCCCGAGCAGGCUGCAGCCGGCAAGAGCCACGGAGGCCUGGGUGGUGGCUACAAGGUGACCGUGUACGAGCUAGAGAACUUCCAGGGUAAGCGGUGCGAGCUCUCGGCGGAGUGCCCCAACCUGACCGACAGCCUGCUGGAGAAGGUGGGCUCCAUCCAAGUGGAGUCGGGGCCGUGGCUGGCGUUCGAGCGCAGGUCCUUCCGCGGGGAACAGUUUGUCCUGGAGAAGGGAGACUACCCUCGCUGGGAUGCCUGGUCCAACAGCCGCCACAGUGACAGCCUCCUGUCCCUGCGGCCUCUGCACAUUGAUGGCCCAGACCACAAGCUGCACCUGUUCGAGAACCCUGCCUUCAGCGGCCGCAAGAUGGAAAUAGUGGACGACGACGUGCCCAGCCUGUGGGCCCACGGCUUCCAGGACCGCGUGGCCAGCAUCCGCGCCAUCAACGGGACGUGGGUCGGCUAUGAGUUCCCCGGCUACCGCGGGCGCCAGUACGUGCUGGAGCGGGGCGAGUACCGUCACUGGAACGAGUGGGACGCCAACCAGCCGCAGCUGCAGUCCGUGCGCCGCAUCCGCGACCAGAAGUGGCACAAGCGGGGCUGCUUCCUCAGCAGCUGAAGGGCACCGGGUCCCAGUGGCCUUCGCCCGCCCGGGGCGGCAUCGCGGGCAAGGAGAGGAGGCUCCAGGGCUGGGGCGAGGGCCUGCCUGUCCA